AUGCACACAGCAGGUGUAGCAGAGCUCUGCCACAUACUUGAGAAGCCUUUACAUAGCAGCCAACUCCACCAGAAGAUCAUUGGCAGCCUCCUCCUGCUGUUCACAGUGACCUUCUUCUGUAGCAGCUCAGAAGCUGCUAGUCUGUCUUUAAGAACUGUGGACUGCAGCAUUUACAAGAAGUACCCAGUGGUGACUAUCCCUUGCCCCAUCACAUACCUGCCUGUGUGUGGUUCUGACUACAUCACCUAUGGGAAUGAAUGCCACUUGUGCAUUGAGAGCUUGUGAGUACCUCAUGGGGGCAGGGAGGGGGAAGAAGCUGGGGCCAGUGCCCUCCACUGCAAACCUCUCUUCUUUCCAUGAGUCUGCUUAGCUCUCCCUGAGCUGUACUUAGUCCCACCCAGAAGCAGCAGGUGUGGAUAGAAAACUGACCACUUCAUAGUCAGGCCAGGGAUGGGCCUCCAUUAUUUGCUCAACCAUUCAUUACAGAACCUCAACUCCUAUCUCUCAGUUGAAGUCCGAAAAUAGCAUGAGUUUUCAAAUUGCUGCCCCAGAGUCCAGAGAUACUGUAGAGGCAAUCAGAAGUCAC